UUUUAACAAUUUAAUAAUUGUUAAAUUCUUUCUUCUCUUUCUCCUCAAAAAGGACUAUUCCUCUCCAAAAAUGCCUUCUUUCUUCCGAUUUCCAUUUCUUCUCGCUUCUGCUGGUGGCGUCGGUACUGCUGUUUAUGUUGCUAAAAGCCUCUAUAAAGACGAUGAAGUUAAAAAGGUUACUGGAGGGGAUAUUCCAAGGAAGCCGAAAAUGAUUAAAUCCGUCAUUUUUGAUUUUGAUGGAAUUAUUGUGGAUUCUGAAACUAUUUUCUACCAGGCAAACGCAGAGGCAUGUGCACAUUUUGGUGGGGACUACACACUUGAAAUUAAACAUGCACAAAUGGGAAGGAAUUUAACGGAUGCUGUAGAGUGUGUUCUUCGAAGGUCUGGUCUAAGCGAGAAAAAUGUUACGGAAAAGGAAUAUUUGGAUGUCUACAACAAAUCUCUAGACAAGCUUUUGCCUGACAUGAAAUUAAUGCCGGGCGCUCGCCGUCUUAUUGAACACUUGCAAAAGAAUGGAAUUCAAACUUCUAUAUGUACUAGCUCAUCUAGUGCCGAAUUCUCUAAGAAGGUUGAUAAAUGCGAGGAUUUGGUUAAAAAGAUGAACACCGUUGUUCUGGCUGGGGACGAUCCAGAGGUGGAAGUUGGAAAGCCUGGACCUGAUCCCUAUUUGGUAACAAUGCGUAGAAUGACCCCAAAACCUUCAGAUCCACUACAAGUCCUCGUCUUUGAAGACUCCAUUAAUGGGGUUAAAUCUGCGUUGUCUGCUGGGUGUUCGGUUAUUUGGGUACCUCAACAAGAUUCUAUAAUUACCAACUGGGGAGGACAAGAGGCUACUGAGAGGAAAUUCAAGAAACAUCCCAAUUUUCGAGAAAUGAUCCCUUCGUUGAGCAAAUUCGAUCCGGAGAAGUAUGGACUUCCGCCUUACUAUUGA